AUGGCCGUAAAUAGCAAGAUAUCCCAUGAGGAUUACGUCGACAGAAUCCUCUUUGCACCAGCACCUAAUGAUAACGAUAACAACAAUGAUGACAAUGACAAUAGUUCUUACCAACAGGAACCUAAAAUGGUUGCCUUUGAAGACAACACUAGCCAGGAAUCAUCGACAGAUUGUCACCACCGUGACUCCAAGAAGGAGAGAGAUCUGACCAGAGACAGAGAAAUUCUCGCAACAACGACAGAUGAUGACGGCAUCCCCUCCAUAUCUCACCCAAUGGAAAAGCAAAUCCUGAAAAAAAUGGACAUCUUCCUAAUACCAUUAAUGGGUAUUCUUUAUUUUCUCUCCAACUUGGAUAAAUCAAAUAUUGGUAACGCAGAAGUGGCUGGACUCUCCGAUGAUAUCGGACUAGUCGGCACUCAAUAUAAUACCUGUGUCACCGUAUUUUUCGGUACAUAUAUUCUUUUCGACCCAAUAGGUUCCAACUUGUUAAAGAUUAUGGGACCCCCCACUAUGAUGAGUAUUUGCCUGUUUUGUUUUGGUGUCAUUUCCCUGGGCACCGCUUGGAUUAAAAAUUAUGCACAAUUGAUAGUCGUUAGAUUACUGUUAGGUGCUUUUGAGGGGAUGAUCUAUCCAGCAAUCAACAUGUACCUUUCCGUAUGUUACAGAAGAGAACAAUAUGCUAUGAGGUUUGCAUUCGUGUUUAGUGCGGCUGCUUUGUCUUCCUCCUUUGGUGGGUUGAUCGCAUAUGGUUGUUCUCAAAUCCAUGGUUCAUUGCAUUCAUGGCAGUACAUUUAUAUCGUCGAGGGAGCCAUAUCUAUUGGAUUCGUUCCAUUUUAUUAUUUUGGUCUCAAUAAGAAUUUGGAGGAUACCUGGUUCUUUAACAAGGAGGAAAGAGAAUACAUCGUGGAAAGAUACAAGACAAUGAAUACAUACAACCCUGAUGAAAAAUUCGAAUGGUUUCAGGUAUGGCUGGCUGUCAAGGAUAUUAAAACUUGGGUCUCCGCAGUGGCGUUAUUCGGUAUCGAUUUGACUACUUUUGGGCUAACUGUCUUUUUACCCAUCAUUAUCACUAGUCUUGGGUUCACUAAUGUGAGAGCUCAACUAAUGACUGUCCCCGUAUACUUCUUAACUGCUUUUGUCUUCUUCGGAUGCGCCCUUUGGUCUGAUAAAUUGAGAUUAAGAUCACCAUUCAUCAUUGGCGCAUGUUUGACUACCGCGGUCGGAAUCUCUAUCGUCUUGGGUUCAAAAGUACAUGGAGUAAGAUAUUUCGGUGUCUUUAUCUUAUGUAUGGGUAUCUAUGUCAAUGCUGCUUGUAACUGUCUGUGGUUAAGCGGUAAUAAUGGUAAUUACUUUAAGAGAGCCACUGCACUGGGGAUUAAUUUAUUUAUUGGUUCAGGUUCAGGUUUAGUCUCUGGUCAAAUCUUUGUUGCUGCUGAUAAACCAGGUUACGUGAAGGGGCUAUCCAUAUGUCUGGCGUUCCAAAUAUUAUCGAUUAUUAUGACUUUUAUUCAAUUCAUUCUUUAUAAGAGGGCGAACGCCAAGAAGGAAGCCAUCAUCAUCCAUUGCGAAGAAAUUGGUGAACCUAUCCCUUAUGAUGAAAGACUAAGUGACAUGAAUCCUGAAUUCAGAUACAUGUACUAG